ACAUUGUUUUUUUGUUGACAAUAGAACUUCACGUGGUAGUGGCACAAAUUUAUUUUUAUUUACAAUUUCAACAGAUAGACUGUUUGAUUUACUUAUUAUUUUUUGAAUUAUAAUGAAGGAAAAAGUAGAAAUUGAAAAGGUAUAUGGCCGUAAGAAAAAUGGCGUUGUACCCACACUUAUGAAAUUUCAAAAUGGAAAACUGUCUGCAUUCACGAAGGAAAAUACAAAUUUUACACGCUUAAGGUGUAAUGAAGACCAUGCCAAAUUCGGUGCGUUAUUGGCGGCCAAUGGUAAUCUCUAUCAUGGGGUCAUCAACAAUAGCGAAGCUAAUGAGCUGACGGAUAUGUAUAUUUGCGUUCGCAACAAGACAACAAAUAAGAUGACAAUCAUACCUAUUGAUCAGGUGAAUUUUAAAAACACAAUCUAUGGUGAAUUGGAUCAAAUCAAGAAGAGCAACUUGUCCGAUCAAGUAACAAAAAUGACACUUUUGAAAAAAUUCGGUGGUCGAAAGGCUUCACGUUACGUUAAUGAUCAGGAACAAAUGAGAAUGGACAUUGUUGUUGUUGAGGACAGUCUAAAUCAAACAGUAAAUGAAUCAAUGUUGGACAACGAAGAGGAAGUAGUGGACAAUACAAAAUAUUUUGAUAGCAUUAGACCACCAUGUAACAAAAAUGCCGAUAAAAUUAGCGACAUUUAUCAAUUGUCUGAUGUUGUACCUACCGAACUUAUGGAUCGUUUAGAUGAAGAAGCUAAAACGGUGUAUCAAACAAAUAUAGAUCAAAUACCAAUAAGUUCGGAAUAUUUAAAAAAACUUAUUGUAGAUAUACAACAAGGUACACUGAGUGCGGAAAACUUAGAACGCAUAAAAAUCAUUUUAUAUAUGGACUGUUUGCUCAACUUAAUCAAAUCGCGUGUUAGGUCACUUAAAAAAGCUGAGCUUUCGAAAAUUUCUGAAAAGAUUGAAAACAAUGUACGUGAUCGUUUUGCUGAUCCCAAUUCCAGUGUUAGUGGUUCCCGUACCGUUUUCUCCACGGAAAAGGCGUUGUGUUAUUUCAUUGUUAUGGCCCUAUUGGUUAGUGGAAAUUAUCAAACUGAUGCCGCUGUUUUGUCGCAAGACCUGAAUGCUCCACGUGCAAAAAUAAUGAAAUACGCUCACAUCGUAUAUGCAUUGCCCAAGUCAAGAUCAUCAACAUUAACAUUAAAAGCGCCAAAAAAUGUUCCUCCUCUGCCCACUAAGUUUUCACGAAGAAAGAAGGAAUAAGAACAGCGAUUAGUAAGUUAGUUAAAUUUUCUGAUUUUACUGAAAAAAAAUAAAAUCGUUAAAACAAACACAAA